GAUUAUGCUUCAUUCAAGCCUUAGUAAGCACUUGUGUAUGAUAUGUAUGUCCUCUUAUUUGGAUAGUGUUCAAAUCGAUUCUCAAGGGAGAAGUUUUAUCGACUUUAAGGACGCGUCUGCAGUCAAAGAAUUAUGCUUAUGUCUGUUGAAAAAAGACUUUAAUUUAGAGGUUGAUUUUCCCUUAGACACACUAUGUCCUGCUAUUCCUAAUCGACUCAAUUAUAUUUUAUGGCUUCAAGACUUACUUGAAGAUACUCAUCCUAAAGAUCAGCCUGUGAAAGGCAUUGACAUUGGUGUUGGUGCUUCAUGCAUUUAUCCUCUUUUAGGUUGCGCAACCCAUUCCCAAUGGAGUUUUCUGGGUACUGAGAUUAAUGCCAGGUCACUGUCCUAUGCCACUAAAAAUGUUGAGAAAAACUGUUUACAAGACAGAAUUCAACUUGAACACAACAGAGACCCAAAUAAGAUAUUCUUGCUUGAAAAAGACAUAUCAUAUGCAUUUUGUAUGUGUAACCCUCCUUUUUACAGCAGCCAAGAAGAGAUCGAACGAGGCCUAGCCAACAAAGAACUUGAGCCUUCUGCUGUAUGUACAGGCAACCAGGACGAAAUGAUCACAGAAGGUGGUGAGUAUGGAUUUGUGAAGCGUAUGAUUCUCGAAAGCCUUGAACUCAAGACAAAAGUGCGAUGGUACACAAGUAUGAUUGGACUCAAGCGAACCAUACGGCCCUUGAUCCGUGUCUUGAAUGAUCAGGGCAUCACUAACUAUAUAGUCACGCGUUUUACACAAGGCAAGACGGUUCGUUGGGCACUUGGCUGGUCCUUUUUUCAACACAAGUCUAAAAAAGCAUAUCAGAUUGAAACAUGGCGUCCUGUCUAUCAAUUCGAGAUUGAGUUGCCUAAACCUAUGUUGUUUGUCUUGAAUGAGACGAAAUCUAUGUUAGAUGAUUUAGACAUUCGCUAUCAAGAGGAUGUUGAUGGGACACUACAAUGCACAGCUACUAAAAAUACAUGGUCAAGAGCAGCCCGUAGACAACGCAAACGACAAAAGACAUUAGACGAUUUAGAAGAGCCCUUUGUGUUUUCUCUUGUUAUGUCUUUUAGUGCAUCAGAAACUGAUAGUUUUCUUCAAAUCUGUUGGUUAGAGGGAGGCAACAAAGCACAAUUUGAAGCAUUUUGGUCUCACUUAAAGAAGCGUAUUGAAGAAGCUUGUGGGUUAGACAGAGGCACUCAAUUUAUUAAAGCAGUUUAAGGCAAUCUGCCUGAAAUGAAUCACCAGCCCAUCUGGCUACUUGCUUCAUGGCUUGAACCUUUUUUUCUGUAGCAUCU